AUGGAGGAGGGGACGGUGCGUAUUGAUCUGAUGGGCUGUAGUAAGCACAGUUGGGGAGGGGAGGGGGCGUAUUGAUCUGAUGGGCUGUAGUAAGCACAGUGGGGGGGGAUAUUGAUCUGAUGGGCUGUAGUAAGCACAGUGGGGGAGGGGAGGGGGCGUAUUGAUCUGAUGGGUCAGAAAACCUUUAUAGCAACCUACUUUUUCCAAACGUCCAAGCAGCAGUGAAAACAAAUGGGAUGUAGUUGCCCAUUUCUUACAGGACAGGUAGCAUUGAAAAGGUUAAAAAACAAAACUGCAGUCCCCACCCGCAGUCUCCAUGUUCUAAUCACGCAUUCUUUCUCCACAGCUCACUUUGUUACUAAAGCUAGAAGAUAAAUUGAACAGACAUUUAAGCUGUGACCUCCUUCCCAGUGAGUAGCUUCUUUCAAAUGACUCAGUAUGUUUCAUUAGUGUUUCAAGGAACACUUGCUGACUUCUGUACGGUCCGUGCUAGGGAUAGCAAUGUUUGUCCUGCUUACUUACAGUCUUGUCCAUGCUAGGGAUAGCAAUGUUUGUCCUGCUUGUUGACUCGUCUUGUCCAUGCUAGGGAUAGCAAUGUUUGUCCUGCUUGUUGACUCGUCUUGUCCAUGCUAGGGAUAGCAAUGUUUGUCCUGCUUGUUGACUCGUCUUGUCCAUGCUAGGGAUAGCAAUGUUUGUCCUGCUUGUUGACUCGUCUUGUCCAUGCUAGGUUAGGGUCGCUGUAUUGAUAAGAUGUGUUCUGUUUCAUAGAUGAGAACAUUCCGGAGCUGGCCGCAGAGCUUGUCCAGUUGGGAUUUGUUAGUGAGGUAGGUACACUUUGCAUGUGACUGCAGGUUUGUUGGUUUGUUUUGGUGUUGGCUGGGUUGGAGCUAUCUGGGUAAAGCUGUGCUUGACUGCUGUGUGAAGAGCUUGAUUGCUGGCUGGAGGUCCAUGUUGUCACUCACUAAUCUUCCCUCUCUCCCUACAGGCUGACCAGAAUAGACUUGCAUCUUUACUUGAAGACGCUUUUAGCAAAUUUUACUUUGCUCGCAACGGUAACAUGACAGCUGUGACGGUUUCAUCAUAGCCAUGUCUUUCUGGCAGCAACACCAGUGAGGACAUCGCCGCGUUAAAGUCUGGACUUCCAUAAUCCUUCUCUGCAGCGGUGCGGAGGUCCUGAAUAGUCACAUCUUGGGAUGUAAAUAGUGUCCAGCUGCCGGGGGUUCAUGCCCAGCGCAGAACGAUUUUCUGAUCUAUAUUCACAUGGUAGUCUGCUUCUGCUGCUCCGCUGAGUGUUAUCCUGCGUUCCGGCUGUGGGUGGAGCCUUUUCUUUCUCCUGGUCUGUCUCAUGCCAGGGACAUUGUGUGGCAUUGAAUGUGGGUGAGGCUUGUCCUGUUACCCUGUUUACACAAAGAACGCAUUCUGCAUAUGACACACAUGGUUAUCCAAACUCAUUUAUUCAUUCAUAAUGUGAAGAGAACUUUGAAUUAAUGCAUUAAACUGCCACCUAAUGGGUACUGGAAAUGCUGAGAUUCAUGCAUUAGUAACCCCAGGCUCAUUCAGCUCUUGGUUUACUAUAUUAUAUAAUAUUGGCGUAUUCAGAACUCAGCUGAUCAGAGGGUGGGUGAAAUCGUCGUGCAAGGGGUGGGUUUAUUACUGCUGUCUUUAUCACAGGCCUCUCCCUUGUUUGGAAUAUGCUCCUUUAACUCUCUCCCUGCCACUCAAACUACAGUAAUAAUGCUGUACGGAGCUAGAACUCAAUCCGCAUGGCGUGGCGCUGUUCGUGUGCGUUUAGCUGUCUUUCCAGUGCUCUGCGUUACAGGCAUUUGUAUUGCAGUGGAGGAACAUAGUGAGCAAGGUAGCUAUAUCUGUAUUGUUUACACUAGAACUCUACAGCGUCAUAACUAACUACUUGCAUAUCUCAAUAUGCAUCCGAGACAACACUGUCAGAAAUAUCCGCAGGUUCCCCUAAACAUUGCUUCAUUCUCCCCAUUUUGUUGCAGGAAGGGAGGAAUCAUACAAGCAUUCUUAUAUCCUCUUAUCUGGUCCCAUCAGAUCAUGAUGGGGGCGGCAGCUUUAGUGUAGCUUCAUGCUGAUACAAGAGGGAAUCCUAGUGGAGGGCUGAGCUUUGAUACUUGCACGUUGUUUGGGCCCUAGGAGGUGUCUGAAGUCUGUAGUAGUCUGAGGUAGGCAGAUCCUGUUUUUAAAGCGGCUGUAAAUUGCUUACUGUACUCCAAAACAUUAAUUGUAAGCAUUGCUUCUUGGAAGAAAUCAAAAUCCAUGUCAGAAAAGCUUCAUUUUAGAGCAGGAGAUUAAUCAUCGUGGUAAGAGGCGCCUGUCUAUUGGCAGUAGUAUAAAAGUUAUGUGGGAGGAGUUCCUUUUUGGAUUAAAUGGUAGGAACUGCAUGUAGGUCAAAUGAUAGGAGCUGUGUGUAACCUCUUGGGAUGGAAGCUGUGUGACUAACCAUGGGGUAGGUAAGGGGAAGGCAACAUUUGGCACUUCAGAUGUUGUGGACUACAUAUUCCAUAAUGCUGGCAAAGCAUCAAGGGAGAUGUAGUAUACAACUUCUGGAGUGCCAAAGUAUAACUCCCUGGGAUGGGAACUGUGUGUGUAUAAUGGGAGGAGAAGGAACUGUGUGUAUAAUGAGAGGAGCGGAUGACACCGUGGGGUAGGAGCUGCAUUUAUAAUGGUAGGAGAGUAUAACCCUGUGGGGUGGCCACUGCGUUUGUAAUGAGAAGAGUAUAAAGCUAUGGGGUGGGAGCUGCGUGUGUAAUGGGAGGAGAGUAUAAAGCUAUGGGGUGGGAGCUGCGUGUGUAAUGGGAGGAGAGUAUAAAGCUAUGGGGUGGGAGCUGCGUGUGUAAUGGGAGGAGAGUAUAAACCUAUGGGGUGGGAGCUGCGUGUGUAAUGGGAGGAGAGUAUAAACCUAUGGGGUGGGAGCUGCGUGUGUAAUGGGAGGAGAGUAUAAACCUAUGGGGUGGAAGCUGUGUGUGUAUAAUGGGAGGAGAGUAUAAACCUAUGGGGUGGAAGUUGUGUGUGUAUAAUGGGAGGAGAGUAUGACCCUGUGGGGUGGGAGCUGCGUGUGUAAUGGGAGCAAAGUAUACCUGUGGGGUGGGAGCUGAUAUAAUGGUAGGAGAUUAUAGCCCACACUAUAAUAGCUGCAUAUUGUGGGAGGAUAGAAGUUGCAGUUCACAUUUGCAGUAGGUGUCUUGGAGGUGCAGCAUUGUUGACGUGUAGUGGCUGCAUUUCUUGGAAGAAGAAAUAACAGGUGGUUGUGGUGUUAGGCAGAGGUUCCAGCUAGUUUGGGUAGGAGUGUUCUCGAUAACCAAGAACCUCCUGCCCUGCCUGAUUCUCCUGUAGUGACCUUGUUGAGCUGUCCCUCGGUUCUGGCAUUGCAGAGCAGCAAGCUCUCUUGUGUUUACAUGGACUCUCUAAAAACCAUUAUUACAGUUUAUUAUACGGCUUAUGGUGCAAGAAACAUAUCGGUGCAGUCACUGGGUUUGGGGUUUUUUUUGUUGGUAAUUUCACCUUUGCUUUAUCUAGCCACUUGUGUCUAAAUUAGGACAGAAAUGAUUCUGUGAUUAUGUGAGUACGGGGCGGAAACUCCUCCAGCUCUUGCUGCUGUCCAAAGCUGAGCACCAUUUUCUAUGAAGCUUUUUGAUAAAGACCGAGUGGCCCAUACACAGUACAGUAAUGGUAAGGUGGGCUAUAAAUGGCUGGUUUAUCCCUUCCAUUGGUCCGGGGGUGUCAUGCGGAUGGCCUGAGCACACUUCGCUGUGUGUAAUUAUCUCCUUCAUGUAACCUGCAGGAUGGGAAGAGGGGGAUCUUCUGCCUAUUUUAUCGCUGUACGCUUUGCACAAUAUUAAAGUCUGAAAAUCACCUGUAUGUCCAUGUUGUCCAUUUUUAUUUGCAACUAUUUUUAGUUUUUCUUUUUUCUGUAAAUAAAACUUGGUUUGUUGUA